AUAAGUUAGAACUCGAGUGUCUUUUUGUAUUAUUUUACGCCUUUUUGGUUAUUUUGUGCAUUUCAAGGAUACAAUUAUACUCAAUCUAUCUCAACCACCUUAUAUUUCUUGAUAUACAUGUGUGACUUCCUUAACGAUCUGGUAGUGAUGAGUGUUUUCAUAGUAAGACCUCAAAUAAAAUCAAAGAGGCAACCCUAAGACAAAAAAGAACCUCGUGAGUAGAGUUGGUGACGAGCAAUAAAGAUCCAAAGCGGAAGCUUAGUGGGUCUUAUCAACAAAUCAAGUACACGAUACUAAACCCAUAUAUCUUUCAUACUAUAUGUCUUUGAAUGUUGUUUAACUCUAUUCUUAAACGAGUAAACCUUGUCAGUAUCCAGAGUAGUUUCACCUAGAACUGGUAGUGAUCUUGAUUCUAGGAUGUUUAAACAAUAGAAUAGAUGGAUUAUCCUCUUUGAUUAAUAACUUAGAUAAGUUUUCUAAUAAUUUGGAAGAACUCACUCACUCUAAGAUUGAUUAAAAUUGAAGACUUGAUCUUAAGGUUAAGGAGAUGACUGAUCUAAAUUCAUAUCACAAGAGGAUAAAGCCAAGCCAUAAUCACAAAGGAGAAGGAUGUGAGUGAUCUUCGACCUCGUCUAGAGACCUUCUUCAACAUUGACACAAGAGGUGGUUUAUCACUUUUGCUAGACUUUGGGGGAAUGGAUCCGGAGAAAGAAGAGUGAUGGUGGUGACGAUGUUUUAUCGCAGAAACGAUGGAGCAACGCUGUGGUGUUUUAAUUAUUUUUUACUCUUUGUUUAUUGUUUUAAUGACAUGAAAAAGGAAUCACAAAAAAUGGGAUGAAAUUUUGGAUGUCAGUCACCACAUCAAUAUUCCUAGGCUUUGUGUUAACAGUUAACACUAAAUGCUCAGUAAACAGAGCCAAAAAAGUUGUCCUAUUAUUGUCUCUAAAAUUGACAUUAUUUGCAAAGUUAGGAUAUUAAUAAUGGUUUGCUGUAACUUUUAACACGUGAUAAAUGGAUUUAAAAUCUGAGCUGUCAAGUGCGACUGGUUUCAACCACGUCCUCAUAAAAUAAACGAACGCCUCAAAUUAAUAUUGGCUGGCUCAAAAUCUCGUCUUCUACCUACCUUCCCUCUGUCCUCUUCCCCAUUCUCCAUCGUUCUCCUCACAGGAUGUCCCUCUGCACACUCUCCGACUAAAAAGUUUCUCUUCCAAGCACUGCAUUUCCCCGCCGUCAGCCAUGGUGGCGACUGAGCUGCUGAGACUUUCCGUGACGCCUUUCCCUAAGUUCUGCCACGGCCAAAGUCAGAGGUUCCUUUUUGACCACGUUGACCACAAUGCUCAGCUGUCCAAGCGCCGCCGCUUCCUCCUCCUCCGGCGGCAGCGCGUCCUUCCCAAUCUCUCCAUUUCCAGCUCCCUCCAGACCAAGCCUGAACUUCAGGACUCCCGAAUCGAGCCUCGCGAGCGUCCCAAGGACUCCCCGAUUCUCCUCGAUGUGAGCGGGAUGAUGUGCGGCGCCUGUGUCACGCGCGUCAAAUCGGUGCUCUCGUCCGACGAUCGAGUCGAAUCCGCCGUGGUCAACAUGCUGACCGAGACGGCUGCAGUUAAGUUGAGGCCGGAGGCUGUGGAGAGCGAUACGCCGACGAAUCUAGCUGACAGUUUGGCUCGGAGACUGACCGAUUGCGGAUUCGAGUCGAAGAGGAGGGUCUCGGGGAUGGGAGUCGCGGGAAAUGUGAAGAAGUGGAGGGAGAUGGUGGAGAGGAAAGAGCAGAUGCUGGUUAACAGUCGAAACCGUGUGCUUUUUGCUUGGACUUUGGUGGCGUUGUGUUGUGGAUCGCACGGUUCUCAUAUAUUGCAUUCCUUUGGCAUCCAUCUCGCUCACGGCUCAUUCUUUGACGUGCUUCAUAAUUCAUAUGUGAAGGGUGGUUUGGCUGCGGGAGCUCUCUUAGGACCAGGGAGAGACCUACUUUUUGAUGGGUUAGUGGCCUUCAAGAAAGGAUCACCAAACAUGAAUUCUCUCGUGGGAUUUGGAUCAAUCGCUGCAUUCCUAAUCAGUGCGGUCUCCCUUCUCAACCCUGGUCUUCAAUGGGAUGCAUCCUUCUUUGAUGAACCGGUCAUGCUUCUUGGUUUUGUCCUUCUUGGGCGUUCUCUUGAGGAAAGAGCAAGGAUCAGGGCAUCUAGUGAUAUGAACGAACUUCUUUCACUCGUAUCCACUCAGUCACGGCUUGUAGUUACUUCAUCAGAUAACAGCACACGUGCUGAUACUGUUCUUGGCUCUGAUGCAAUAUGUGCCGAGGUUCCGACGGAUGAUGUUCGUGUUGGAGAUGCAUUACUGGUCCUUCCUGGCGAAACGAUUCCAGUAGAUGGCAAAGUAGUUGCAGGGAGAAGUGUGGUAGAUGAAUCCAUGCUUACAGGUGAAUCACUGCCUGUGUAUAAGGAAGAAGGCCUCAAAGUCUCUGCCGGAACAAUAAAUUGGGAUGGCCCUUUGAGGAUUGAGGCCUCUUCUACUGGCUCAAACUCCACUAUAUCAAGGAUUGUAAGCAUGGUUGAGGAUGCUCAAGGCCGUGAAGCACCUGUACAAAGGCUUGCAGAUGCAAUUGCGGGGCCAUUUGUGUACAGCAUAAUGACAAUAUCAGCAGCAACUUUUGCUUUUUGGUACUAUAUUGGAGCACGUAUUUUUCCUGACGUGUUGCUCAAUGAUAUUGCCGGACCAGAUGGCGAUCCAUUACUUUUGAGCCUUAAACUUGCUGUGGACGUAUUGGUAGUUUCCUGCCCAUGUGCACUUGGACUAGCUACACCAACUGCAAUCCUGGUUGGAACUUCCCUUGGAGCAAAGCAAGGACUAAUUAUAAGGGGAGGGGAUGUAUUGGAACGCUUGGCAAGCAUAAAUUACAUUGCUUUAGACAAGACAGGCACUCUCACUGAAGGAAAACCAACUGUCUCGGCAGUGGCUUCAUUUAGCCAUGAAGAAUGGGAAAUUCUUCAAAUGGCUGCUGCCGUUGAAAAGACGGCGCACCAUCCGAUUGCAAAAGCUAUAAUAGCUAAGGCAGAAUCACUGGAUUUGAGUAUCCCAGAAACAAGAGGGCAAAUUACAGAACCAGGUUUUGGAACUUUGGCAGAAGUGGAGGGACGUUUGGUUGCAGUUGGCUCUUUGGAUUGGGUCCAUGAACGCUUUCAUCGGAGGACUGCAUUAAUUGAUAUACAAAACCUUGAGGCUGCAGUGGUAAAUCGAUCGUCAAAAGAGAUGCUCGAGUCUAACUAUUCUAAAACACUGGUGUUUGUUGGCCGGGAAGGGGAAGGCAUCAUCGGUGCUAUUGCAAUAUCCGACUGUCUGCGUCAUGAUGCUGGAUCUACUGUUAGUAGCCUCCAACAGAAGGGUAUCACAGCAGUCCUCUUAUCCGGAGACAGGGAAGAAGCAGUAGCAACAGUAGCCAGAAAUGUUGGCAUAGGAAGCGAACACAUAAAUGCAGCUUUGACUCCGCAGCAGAAAUCUGAGGUUAUCUCAACCCUUCAAGCAGCAGGACACUGUGUUGCAAUGGUAGGUGAUGGGAUAAAUGAUGCACCCUCCUUGGCUCUUGCUGAUGUGGGAAUCGCCCUCCAAAACGAAGCGCAGGAGAACGCAGCAUCUGAUGCUGCAUCCAUUAUCCUCCUCGGCAACAAGCUCUCACAGGUCGAAGAUGCCGUGGAGCUGGCUCAAGCAACCAUGGCUAAAGUGUAUCAGAAUUUAUCUUGGGCAGUCGCAUAUAACGUGGUCGCUGUCCCUAUCGCAGCUGGGGUAUUGCUUCCCCAAUAUGACUUUGCCAUGACCCCAUCACUAUCAGGUGGCCUUAUGGCAUUGAGCUCCAUAUUUGUUGUCACCAACUCAUUACUUCUGCAGCUCCAUCGAUCACCGAAUGCCCGAUGAAGCUCUCUGUUCCUCAUAUCGCAGUCUCAAUAUCCGUUCUAUACACGAGCCUUCUGCAGCUCCGCUAUCACCAGGGUGUUGGGGAUGAGAUUUGCCUUAUUUAUUUUGUGCGUAGCAGUGGGAUUUGGAUGAAGAUAUAUGAUUACAUUAACUAUUAAUACAGGGUAGCUGUUGUGUGUUCAGGGAAAAUUAUAGCGUUAAUUGAAAUGAAGAUGAGAAUAAGCCUCCAAUUAUUAGGCUUCUAGCAGCAGUAAAAAAGAGCGACCUGAAUACAGACCGAGCACGAACCAGCACCGAAGGAGUGUGUCGUGUGCAUUCUCAGCUGUCUUGCUACGAGCAUGUUGCUCUGAUUAACGAUAUUUUGUAUGUACAGUGUUUCCAGGAGCGGGUGUAGCAGCAAUUGUCCCUUUUGUGUCAUACUUUUUUGUUAUAGUAAUAUCGAAAAUAAGGAACCAGCACCUAAAUUAUUGUAUUUUUGCUCAAUAGAGCCAUGUCUACUAAUGGAGCCAUUUGGCCAUGUCUAUUACUUUUUGUUAUAGUAAUAUCGAAAAUAAGGAACCAGCACCUAAAUUACUGUAUUAUUUGUAUGAUUGCUUAAUAGAGCCAUGUCUAUUAAGACUUUCUUUCCAUAGAUAAAAUCGUCAAUCAAACACUGAAUAUGUCACAUACAUCAGCUUCAAACUAAAAUAUAGACCUAAGGUUCAU